UUUUGCUACUUGGCUGGGCCCAGGAGGUUUAAAGCAUUUUGAGUGAUCUCAGUUGAGACAGGUUAAUCCGAAGGCAUUGUAUACAUUAUAGGAUCUUAUGGAAUGUGAGAGCUGAACUAUAUCAUCCGAAAAAGUAGUUCCCCCCCCCCCCUUCGCGGGAAAGAGAAGACAACCGAUCCGGCUGCAAAAGAAACGAAGCCGAUGCAGUCACCUUCGGGACAACCCGUCCUUUGUCAGAGAGCGGAGAAGAAAAAAUAACCGCUGGUUCCAAAGACAGAUCCAGAUGUUCUGCUAUCAGGCCCGCUCCGGAGGGAGAAAAAAAAGACCCGGAACCGGCCUUCGGCCUGCCAGCAAUCUCCUUAUCAGAAGCGGAGGAGCAUGCAAAUAGAAGGGGAGGCGAGCAGGAUCACCACAGGCACAAUAAGAGAGGCGGGGGUGGCACCCAGCCGCUCCUGAACUGCGCUGAGCCGAGGAGCAGCCUGAGGGGGAAAAGAAGCUAGAAGGAACUAAGGGCGGACGGAAAAGACUGCAGCAGGCAGGGUUGUUGAAAAGACGGCUCUGGUCCGAAGACCCGCGGGGUCCGGCAGGUGGUUCCUCCAUGUGGAGCCUCCAACCUAGAAAAGUGCUCCGAAAAGGCGGCGGACUCCGGCGAUGACCGCGCUAAGCGAGGCCAACACUUACGCACCUGCCAACACUCAAUCUAUGGACAGUAAUAUAGUGGCCAUUAUUAUAGCUACCACAGUUUCUUCCUCGGUGUUCAUCGUGGCCAUUUUGGUGCUAUUGCUCCUUUUGUACCACCGGGACCCUCUGUGCUGCCAAUUUCUGUGCUCUUGCCGACUAUUCCAGAGCCCUAGCCAAUAUGAAUGUCCUCCUUCUUACUUCAAUAGCAACCAACGACUGGUGGGAUCCCAAUCUGGAGCACAGCGAAUGGAGACAGGUGCUGCUGAAAACCCUGGUGUCCAGGGAGAUGAAUUGUUCUGUGUUGGAAGCCCCAGUAGCUAUCAGCUUCCACAAUGGGAGCAGCCUCACCUACCAAGCUAUGAGAGCGUACGAAAAAAGGAUCGGCAACGGGAAAUCCACCAGAUGAUUGCUGAUCGAUUUGGAUUAUGGGCAGAAGUCUCUCCAGAGUUGCCGCCCCCUUACGAACAGGCCUUGAGGUAUCCUGCCGCCUUGUCAAGAACUGGAGCCAGCUCAGAGUUGUCAACCAGGCAGAGCCUGCCAGAUAUGCUGCAAGCUUCUCCCACUUUCCAUACUCAGAGGAACACUUCGGUGUAGGCUGGUGGGAUUUUUCUCCUUUUGAAGACAAGGUGGGAGCCAUUUUGCAGAUCUGGACAAAUUUAAGAGAUUAAGUAGAAGACAAGUCUGGCACAGACUGGGCAAUGCUUUCGUUUCUGCAGGGCAGCCGGCCAAACCUUGAUGCUGAGGAAGUGGAAUGAAACUCUCCGGCAUUGUUGCAAAGCAAGCCAUGUUCUCUCUCUCUCCUUCCCCCCUCCCACUUACAACAAUUACAGCUGUCUUGAACUAAUCCUUAAAGACAAAAAAUUUCCUCAUCCUAAAGGAACAAAUGGCCCUAGGGAAGUUCUGAUCAGCUUCUCUCGUCCUCUUUUUUUAUACGUCGGACCCCCAAAUCAACUUCCACCAAGAACGGCCUAGAACAGUGUUGGCUCAACCUUGGUUGGCUAUGUUGUGUGGACUUCAAAUCCCAGAAUUUCCCAGCUAGGUGGACAAAUGUUGCCACUCUCUGGCCUAGAGACUAUUUCAAAGAUAUCUCCAGAUGAUCUUGCUGCAGGAGUAAGUCAAGCAGAUAAACCAUUGGAAUUUUAGUUUGAUCCCCAGGAGCUAAACAUCAAAGCCUUGUCUGAUUGUUGCUUUGAAGAGAUAAAGGCUUCUGGUUCAAAGACCACCCUGGGGGAGGGGGAGGACAUACAGCAGCUCUUCCAUUUAAAAAAAAUACCUCUGCUAGAGCUGCCAAACUUUCAAGAUAUUUACCCAAACAUUUUAUUUUCUGUUAGCCGUCAUAGGACUAUCCCCAGGACACCAUUUGUGGGGCUUCAGAUGACACAAUGAAUGUAUUUUACCCUCUGGCUAUUUUCUUCAAGCUACACCAGUGAACGGACUCUUUGGACAAAUUCUGGUGGGAUUUUUCUCCUUUUGAAGACAGGGUGGGAGCCAUUUUGCAGAUCUGGACAAGUUUAAGAGAUUAAGUAGAAGACAAGUCUGGCACUUUUGUCUCAUGUUUCUCCCAUUGAAAUACAAAUAGCCUGUUUUGCAGCCAAGCCAUAACUGACAAAAAAGACUUACCUGUCAAAAUGUAGAAAUCUCCCUGGAAGGGAAGAUUUAGCUAUUUUCACAUAUACCAGAAUUGUUUAUUCUGCUUGUCAGCUGGAGCUCAGACAAUCUUGAUAAGUUUAAAUCUAAUUUGCUGUUUGGAUGUGGGGGAGGGGAGGCAGGUUUUUGUUUGUUUGUGUUUGACUAAUAAUCACUCCAAAUGUUCCUAAUGCUAUCAUUGAAAAUUAAUCUAAUUGGGAAAUGCCUGGGAUCGCUUCUACAGUCUUAACAUGUAAGUUACCAGAAUGCAGUUACUUAUUUACUCUUUCCUGUCUGUGAGAUUGAAAAGAAGGAAUGUGAGGUAUAUUUGUGUUCAGGUUUUAUUUUAAGGACAGUUAAUGUAACACUCGAUAUGGCUAACCCAUAAAGAGAUAGCUGCAGUAAAUUUAUAUUUCUUUGCUCCUAUCCCCCCUCUCUUUAACACCUUAUUUGUACUAUACUGUCUUUUCAUGUUUAAAGGCAAGCAGGCUUUCCUUUAACUUAACAGCUAGGUUCAUGCAUUGCAUGAAACCAGUUUAUCCAUGGUUUGUUGGACAGCCCAUGCCCCAGUUAGGCAAAACCAAAGAAAUCACACUGUAGCUUAGCAUGCUGUAUUUAUACAGCUAAUUACUGUCUUGA